CACUUUUUAUUACAUAACAUAACAGACAUGUAUACAUACAUAUCUGCAUACAACUACAACAACAAUUUCACUGACAGAAGAAGCAGUUAAAUUCAACUAGCGGAGGCGAUUAAUUGAAACCUCGAACAAAAACUUCCUACCUUCGAGAUGGUACAUUUUGAUUUUCAGAUAUCAAGCGGAGAUAGUGAAGAUGUUGAUUGGAGCGAUGAGGACGAGAUGUGUAGUCUAGUUUCCCCGGUAGCUUAUCAUGUUCCAGUAAUCACUCCACCGACUUGUGAGUUAAGUAGUUCGGGCAGCAAGAUCAGUGACCGAUUUUUGGAAAUGGGAUAUCCAUUGAAAGUUGUGUUCAGAGCAAUAGAGGAACACGGAGAAAAUGAUGAAGAAGCCAUAUUGAAUGCUAUUCUCACAUAUUUGGCCCUUGAGACUCUUCCUGGUGAGGACAAUCAUGUAACAAGUGAUCCGCAUCUCUCUGACUCUGCAAGCACUUAUAUUGAGGACCUUUCAGAUAUGAAUAGUAUCCUGGAAUCUCAGGGACAAAAUAAAUAUUUUGAGACAAUGAACCUUUUAGAGGAUAUGGGCUUUUCAUAUGAUGAAGCGUUCGCAGCUAUAAAUAGAUGUGGUUGUGAGACUCCGAUAGAUGAAUUGGUGGAAUUUAUUGAUGCAGCUAACAUGGCUAAGGCAGAUGAUCUUCAAGGGUUAAAUGAUAUUGAACAGCUAAGAUAUGGAAAGAAGCAGAAACUUGACAGAGACGAAAGGUGGACAUACAGUGUAAAAAACAUGCAACUUAUGAUAGGAUUUGGAGUUCCUAAUUCUGGGAUGAAAACUGUUGAUAGAGAAAUCCCAGCCGCAGGGAAAGGGCCGCCAUAUUUUUAUUAUGAGAAUGUGGCUUAUACACCCAAAGGUGUGUGGGAGAACAUGAGCAGAUUUCUCUAUGAGAUUGAGCCAGAAUUCGUGGACUCCAUGCAUUUUUCUGCAGCUGCAAGAAAAAGAGGUUACAUUCAUAACCUUCCAAUUGAUGGAAGGUUCCCGCUUCUUCCCAUCCCUCCAUUUACCAUACAAGAAGCCCUUCCAUUAACAAAUAAAUGGUGGCCAAAAUGGGAUCAAAGAACAAAGUUAAAUUGCAUUCUUAUUCGUCAUGGAAGUGCAGAAGAUACCAAGAAGAUAAAGGAAGAACUUGAUAAAUCAGGACCUGAUCCUCCUGAACAUGUCAGGAAAUAUGUGCUUGAACAGUGUAGAAGGUAUAAUUUUGUUUGGGUUGGGAAGAAUAAGGUUGCUCCUCUUGACCCUGACGAGAUAGAAGUAAUAAUGGGAUAUUCGAAGUACCACACAAGAGGUGGCGGGAUCAGCACUACUGCUCGAUACCAAUGCCUUGGCAAUUCAUUUCAGGUUGACACUGUUGCCUACCAUCUUUCUGUCUUGAAGAAAUUGUUCCCCAAUGGAAUCAAAGUUCUUUCCUUAUUCUCUGGCAUUGGCGGAGCUGAAGUUGCUCUACAUAAGCUUGGUAUUCCAUUGAAGUUUGUUGUAUCUGUUGAAAGUUCAGAGACUUGUCGAAACAUUCUGCAGAGCUGGUGGGAACAAAGUAACCAGAAGGGCAAGCUGAUUCAUAUCUUCGAUGUGAGAGAUGUAACACUUGGUAAGCUGAAGGAGUUGAUGGACAUGACUGAAGGCUUUGAUCUUGUAAUUGGUGGGAGCCCGUGCAACAACCUUGCCGGAAGAAACCGUUAUACCAGAGAUGGAUUAUAUGGUGAUCAAUCUUCUUUAUUUUUCGACUAUUUUCGAAUUCUGGAUCUUGUCAAGAAAAUAACUGUGUAUAGAGCUUAUGCUUGAAUUCUGGAUCGUAUCUGAAUUUAUAUGCCGGGCAAUAUUCGACAUAAUGUUACGAUGUAACAUGUUCUCUGAAGAUGAACAUCAAAUGCACUGACUUUUGAUGAAUUUCUUCUGUAGCAUGAUCAAAAACUACUCUCAGAGGAUGAAUGCAUCUCCACAUAGGUUUCUGACUUUUGUCGUUUGCCGCAGUUAGUUGAUUUUAGAGAUGUCCUAGACCGAAUAUUGGUAACAGCAAGUUAAAAAAUCGAUGAGUCUAUAUAUCUCCUUGCAUUUUAGAUGAAGUCAAGUAUCA